GUUUUAGUGAGAGCAGGAAAAGCUUGUGAGAGGAGGGAGUCACGAACUGCUGCUGAGGCACCAACACACGAAAGAUGUCACUCGCCAGCGACAAGCUGUACAACGGAUACUUGCGGCGGAAUAUGCCAACCAUCGUGAGCAAGGUCAAAGUGAGAGAAAUACUGAACCAUCUACCGUGCUUGACAUCUCAAGACAGGGAAACCAUUGAGGCAAAAAGAGAGACGUAUGGGAACUAUGACAGCAUGGUGCUCCUGCUGGACUGUCUGAAGAGGAGAGAGAACUGGCCGGAGCAGUUCAUCAAAGCACUCGAGGCAUGUGAGCAGCCGACACUCGCAGCUGAGAUCAGAGCAGAGUACGAAGCUCUGAAAGAGAACAACAAUUCAUCCAAUCCCAGCUCUCCUCCAACAACUGUCGUCAGGGCACACGUCCAUCCAGCACCAUCUGCCAGUCAUCUGUCCGGCCCAGAGGGUAGUGCAAACAGUCAGGCUGCUGUUGCUCCGCCAGCUGAAGCAUCAGCUCCUCCAGACCCAGCUGAAGCAUCAGCUCCUCCAGACACAGAUGAAGCAUCAGUUCCUCCAGAGCCGGCUGAAGCAUCAGCUCCUCCAGACACAGAUGAAGCAUCAGCUCCUCCAGAGCCAGCUGCCCAUGCCUCACCCCCUGUGCAGCCACAAGCCCCCCAGAGCUCAGCAGCCCAAGUUCCUGAGGCUGUUUCCCCACCUGAGCCUGUCCCAGAGCCUCCACAGUCCACUCAGGCUGAAGUGGCACCUCCUCCAUCAACACCUCCUCCUUCCCCCGCUGCCCAGCACACUCAGCCCACUACACCCCCACCUCCUCAGAGGGAGACUAAUUCUCACCAGGAGCUGGUGGAGAACUCUGAAUCAGACAUCCAGUAUGUCUCUGCUGAUGAUGUUGUGAUCCCUGAUCAGGUGAGCGCAGGAAACAGAGAGGUAUCCAUCAGCUCUGUGGACGCUCCUCAACCAUCUCGUCCUGUUGAGCAGUGUGAAACACACACUGCGUCCCCAGAUCUUCUCCAAACAACAACCACCUCCACAGAGGUCAGUCCACCACAGAGUCCCUCUGCAUCUCAGAUGAACUCCGAUGUGACCGAUGGAUCCUCUUUCCUGACCCUGACCCCAGAGAGGCCUCCAGUCCAGGACACCAGCCCUUCUGGGGACAUCAAACCUGCAGCUGUCCUGCAGCCUGAAGAGACAUCUGAACCUCCUGCUGCACAGGUUGUUGAAAGCAGCCCACAGACAGAAGCUGCAGCGACCACCUCCCCGCCUGGUGCUGCUGGGACGGACGCCUCUCUGUGUGAUGACAGCUCUGUGUGUCUGUGCAACUCGGGUGAUAGUGAGCAUCUGGAAGUUAACGGUGCUGCACCGGACGCUGUGACCUCUGCCCAGCUUCCAGCAUGCUCCACUGUCAGCUCCACCACCGUGACUACAGCGUCUGCACCGCCAUGCCAGGAGAACGGCAUCACUCUGAACCAUAAUGAACUGGAGGAAAACCACUACGAGUCUCUCUGUCCCAGUUUGGGAACACAGGCGGUGCUGGAGACCGUGGUGCAUGUGUCCGAGGAGCCGUCUGUCCUCAACCUUAACGGCCAAAGCUCAACACCACAAGUUCAAAUCAACGGCGAAGCUGCCAAAGAGAUGACCUCUGUUCCACCACUGUCCAACAACGCUGCUGAUACUGUACCGAGUGUGAACACCUCCUGCAGUGAGAACCACCACCCGUCUGAGUCUACACCCACUGAUCUGUCAGCAGAGCCGAAGACACUGCAGGAUUCAGAGGACAAGAUGGCCUGUCGCACCCUGACACCUAAUACAAAGUACAUUCUGACUGCUGCAGGAGUGGGCGCCUGUGCACUGCUGAUGGCGUGGAGGUUUAAGCAUUAAGGGGAUUUAAUACCUUUAAAGGAAGAGAGGAUUAAGCUUUAAGGCUUUUUAAAGAGGAUCUUAAGGUUAUGGUGCCUUAUUGUAGUCACUGGACUGGGAUGGCGUGAGGCAGCUGUUUAAUAAUUACCCUCAGUAAUAAUAGCUGACUCGUCAGACCUUUGAUCGUGUCGUUAAUUACUCGUAUGUUGGACUUUUAUUAUCUAACUGCUAAAUGAACCAUAGUGAACAAACACCAAAUCUACUCCUCUUAUUGUAGUUAGGGAACUUUGUGGAGCUGGGUUGAGAUCUCAGGUUAUUUAUGCACCUGGUGCAGAUGUGUGGUUUGUGAAAAUGAUGUGUAUUAAUGACAGAAAUGUUUCUACGUGCACUUUGAAGAUAAGACUGUCAGCUGUCGUCCAGUGAAGAUUAGUGAACCUGAACUUUACUGGAUGUGGAAGAGCGAGUAUAAAUGACGCCUGCUGCACUGUCUGUAUUUAUUUGUACAUACAUAUAAACUAUAUCGGUAUCUAAUUAUGUAUAUUAAGAAAAAAUAGUAGUUAUCAGGAUGUAACUCCAGUUGUAUGAGCAUGUCGCCCUCUAACAAGCUUUGCGAAGCCCGUUAGAGGGCGGAGCAAAUAGGAAAUAGAAGAAAUGUGUGAUAAACAUCCCAAAGCUCUCGUAACAUCUCAGAGAAUCAGUCUGCUAAACUCCAGAAGCCAAGAACUGCCAGGCCAGAUAAAGAAUCACAGUCCAGAUCAGUUGUUUCCUUUUUAGUUAUGUGCUUUUUUAAAACCAUUACACUCCUCAAUUGUGAUUUUUUUUUUCAUGGCAACAUUUUUUUUUCUCAGAUGGAAAACUUGUGUUAACAUGUAAUAAGUCAUUUUAUUAGCUGCAAAAACUCUGUUUUAAAUAUCAGUUUUUGUGGUUAUUGCUUCUUUCUUUUGUGUAAAAAUGUAGUUAGCAUAAAC